GUUUCCCCAAUUUAGAUGUUGUAUUUCACUGUAAACGGAAAUGUAAAAGAUAAUGAUUGACAUAGUAAACGGAUGGUGUAAAUUUCCACCGUUGGCAAAAGCUAAAAUGUUAAUUUUCAGCUCCAACUGAACAGCCAAUAUGCAGAAUUUCAAAACUGAAAUUUGAAGAACGAGCAAUUAACUAUUAUUGGACAGCAUCGUAUUUCAUUUUUUGCGGCGACGACACAACGCUGAUCGAGAACUACAAACCUCGUGCUUGAGAACGUCGUUUUGUUUAUUUCUUCCUGAGUUCACGGGUCAAAACACAACUAUAACGUGUGAAGGUGAGUUGAUAAAGUUAUUUGAAGUCAGUAAGAGUAUAAAAUAUAUUUACAUACUGACAGAGACAAUUAUUUAAGCCUCUUUUGUUCAUUGACUACGCGCGGCUCUUCGAAAAUUCCUUGAAGACUGAAAACCUCGUGGAACGUCUUGUCACGGAACAUUUUGGGUUUUUUGUCAUUGUAAAAGCACCGUAUGUUUGGGUGAUUCUGUACAAUUUAUAGAAAUAAACCACUGAAAGUCGGUUUGUCGCUGUAUUCGUCGCUGAUGGGAACAGAUGUCUGAGAUGUGAUUACUGUGUACAAAUCAUUCAGUGGCUAUAAAUAAAUUCUUUUUCUGUGGAUUUCUUAUAAGGUUUGGUGUAUUCGUUUCCAAUGAAAACUAUCUACCAUUUAAAUGAACUCGAUCUGCUUAUGUCUGCAGCUUGUGGGUUAUUCCAGUUAUUCCACUAGUUUUGCGCCGCGAGACAUUUUAAAUCGGCGUUAAAGUUUUAUUGAAUAGUGCUAGAAAAAUGUGUUUUUACAAAUUAUCAUCAGAUCAGAUCGAAACGUCGCGAAUUUUUUGACCAGAUACAAUAGCAGUAUCUUAUUCCAUUAUUCAAAGUAUUCGAACAAAGAACUCGCUUUAUGUUCGUACGGGAAAAAACUGAACACAAGGGCACUUAAUUCUUUUCAUUUUUACUUAAGCCAAUUGAAGAAUAAUUGUUUUUGUUUAGAAAAAACAAGUCACUAUUUACGUGUAUAAUUUGAAAUGUUCAGUGACCCUUUUAUUACACGCUGUCUCUCCAGCGGUGAAUGAUAUGUUACCACAUUUCAAAGCUUCCGGGCAUUUUUUACGGAUGAAAAUAUUCGCUGGUUUUUAAAACCCCGUGUCCUUACUUCUGGUUGGAAGUACUAGAGAUGAACUGUCAUCCACUUUUAUAUUUCUAAGUCCAGUGCUUGUGAAUCCCAUUUUUAUGACAGUCUCCGUUUUGACUUUAAUUUUGAUGUUUUUACCCAAAUUAUAUUUCCAUAGACGGAUCGAUCGGAUCACUUUUUGUUGGUGUCGAUUAAUUGGGUUAAUUACGUUCGCGUUUAAUCAACGGGAAUGAACAUGAGAAAUUAAACCUUAUUUUUUGUAACGUACCAAUAAUCCAUCGCUAGCCUGCGAACACAGCCGUCAUCUCCUCGCUCUUCCUGACAAGGGACCUUGUGGCCAGAAGCUAGUAGAGAUGGCUGUUUUCGCAGGCUAAUUCCAUGGGUAGUUAAUCUAUGGCACAAACUCUUGAUCAGGCUCCAUUAUUUACCAGCCGCUGUUCGGGAAAUGACGUGUCCUUUCUCUCGUAAAAUACCCCACUAAUUUACCUUUAGUUAAUAAAUGUUACUCGUUUUAUCUUUUCUCGCCGAUUACCUAUAUAUUUCCGUCACGCAACACCAUCACGCAAGUAACUGGUUAGAGAUACGUUCAAGUUCACUCAGACAAUGCUCUCGCAGGGUAAGGUGUACUCCCCUCAAUAACUUAUUGCGGAAGGCUCUGCCCGACGCCCAUCUUGCAUAAAAGUUAAAAUUGUAAAAAACAGUUCUUUGAUGUAAUAAUGCCUUCUUAUGAAGGGAUUUUGAGAACUGUUUAGGUGUAUUAAAUGAAGAUGAUCAGUAACAAAGAACACAAGAAUUGAUCAAAACACAUGUAAAAAGUUUUAAAACAAGUUUCUUGUUUGUUUGUAUCAUCUAGGCCUUUAAGAGAGCCGUUAAAGUUAAAACCCCUUGCCCAAAACGUUUAAAUUUCGAACAUACACGUACACCAAAAACACCAGAUGCUUUCAAGUUUUCUGGUCUGGCCCUCUUACGUCCAUGGAAAAAAAGUACAAAAGUUUGAUAACUCUGAAGUUUCAGAAUUGUUGAGAUGGACCGUUUGGUCAAUUUUACCAGGAAAGGACCCACAAAUUUCGGUGAGUGGAAAGCUGUCCAAGAACAGUUGCGAGAGACAGGAGGAAAUGUGUUUGUUUAGUACUCUCGUGUUUACACUCAGCUUGAUUGUGCCGAAUGUAAUACUGUUAAACAUCUGUUGAUCAACAAAUGUUGUUACUAGUUGAUUGCGUGUUAUGGGAAGUUUCUCUGUCUCUACAACACAAAAUCGAAGGGGUACAGAAAUGUACGCACAAAAAAGGAAAAGAAAAAUUGCUGAGAUAGUAGGGAGGACGACAAGUGAAGUAACGUGACGAUAAAUUGCUUUUAACUUGGAAUGAGUAAAGUCUAAAUAAUGCGUUUUUAUUCUUUCUUUGGCGAGUUUUCAGGAUUUCUGCAACAACACUCGCAGCGCACAAUUUGCCUUUUGGUCAGCCACCAUUCUCACAUUUCCCGCAAAACAUGAAAAGAAUUCAAGAAAACGCGACAUUGUCAUUGAACAAACGGCAACAUCGUGCAACAUUCGAUCGUUGACGUUGAACGGUGUGUCACCACCUUUUCAAGAUGACCACUCGUUGGCCCUCAAGUACACCCUAUGAGAGUUAAUAUAACAUUACCCUACAGAGUUAUGUAAUCAGAACUUGAAGAAGACCGUUUUCGUAAUCGCAGGACAAUCGCUGCGUCGCAACCGAAUGGAGAAUGAUCGAGUUCUGCAGUUGUCUUCCCUAUUUAAAAAAUGGUAGAUGAUAAAGAGAUACGAUGAGCUACUGUCAUUAUUGGCAGUAAUUGAGAGUACUUCGGAGCACUCAAUUGUAAAAAAACCGUCAGUGCUAAUGACCUUGUUUUCUCUUGAAUUGUAGGGGGAAAGUUGUGAGAGAACUGACAAUGGAAGACGCAUCUGUAACCGUGAAUGGUCAUGGCAAAAGUAAUGUUACACUGCCAGACACCGCCCAACAACAGCACGUCUUUACAACAAAAGUAUUUAUUCAAAUGGCUGAAAAGGAUGUAGAAAACGACGAGCCUUUUCUUAUGGACGCGACAUCUAUUGUGCAAAAAGAUGUAGUGAAUGGAAAGGAGAUAGGUGAAGAAAGUGUCAACAAGUCUUGGAAAUUGAUCUCAGAAGACGAAGUUGUGGUUGUAAGCAAGACAUCCACUGCUUUUCAUUCCGAAUUGUUACUGGAACAAGAAGGUCCAGGAGGAGAAACUAAAGAAACGGAUGGUUCUACGGUAGAGUCGUUGCUUCUCAACAUUGAAACCGUAAUAGACGACGGAUUGCUUAAUGGUACUCACGAACCAGAAAAUGACAAGAGAGAAGUGCUUGACGAAGAUGCGCCGGUGGUCAUAGAAAAGAGUCCUGUCUCACCGAACAUGGAAAUUGCAAUCGAGGGCGAAGAUCCGAGCGAUGUAGACUUGAAGAAUGCUCGGGAGAAUGAUGAGAUUGGUGAAGAGGUCACAGAAGAUGACGUUGCGGUGGUGGAAAAGACACCAGUAGCAAGGUCACUUGAAUCUGACAUUUUAGUUGAAAAUCCUGAUGCCGGAGGAAAAGAAGAUGACACUACUACAGUGGAUUCGCUGCUUGAAAACAUUGAAUCUGUUAUAGAUCAGUCACCGCUGGAACGACCUCAAGAACCAGCAAAUAAAAACACAGCUGAAGUCAUUGAAGAACUGGCUCCUGUUGUGGAGAAGAAGUCUUUCUCACUUGAUGUAGAACAUUUGAUGAAGGAAACAGAUGAAGGCUCGGAGGAUGGUGAACACGUGACUAAGCAAAGGCAGUCAUUUGUGGAAGAUGAAGUUAUAAUGGUUAAGAAGACAGUAGUGGUCUGUAAAGUUGAGUCUGAAAUUUUAGUGGAAAAUCCAGACGAUGAAGGGAAGCAUGCUGACAAUACCACAGUCCAGUCCUUACUUAACAACAUUGAAUCUGUUAUUGACGACGAACUACCAGAGCGUCCUCAGGAAUUAGAAGAUACAAAGAAAUCCGACGCUCUUGAGGAAGAUUACCCUGUAGUCGUAAAAAAGAAACCGAUUUCAGUUAAUGUGGAACAGGCAAUUGAUUUUGACGUUAAGGAGGACGAACAAGACAUUGAUCCAGUUGUGGAAACUGAGGUUGUGGUGGUAGAGAAGGAGACACGAGCAAUUCUUGAGUCAGAGCUUUUAGUUGAUAAUGAAGAAGCUAAAAAGGGCGAUUCUACCACGGUAGAGGACUUACUAGUGACCGUCGAAAAAGUUAUAGAUGUUGAGCCUUCUAAGCGAACCCAUGAAUCGUUACAGGAAAAGGGUAAACCCCUUGCAGAAGAUUCACCUAUAGUGAUAGAUAAGAGACCGGCUUCAUUCGACAUGGAUCAGAUGAUGGAACAAGAUGAGGAGACAAAAGAGCAAGAGAAAAAAGACCCGGUUUGUGAAACUGCACCUAUCGUUGUUGAGAAGACAGCAGUUACAGUUGAAUCAGAGAUGUUGGUUGACAAUGAAGAAAUCGAAGAUGACGAUUCUACUCCUGUGGAGACCCUGCUAGUAAACAUUGAAUCUGUUGUAGAUCGCACUCUUUUGGAGACUGCUAAAGAACCAUCUGAAGAUGUUGUUGAAGCCCUUGAAGAAGAUUCGCCUGUGGUAAUAGAGAAAAGACCUGCAUCAUUCUACAUUGAGCAUCCGCUUGAUGAAGACCACGAGAAGAAAGAUGUGGAUGAGAGAGAACCUGUCUCUGAAGCUGAGCUUGUUGUUGUUGAGAAAACACCAGUAGCACUUGAGUCAGAUAUGUUGGUCGACAAUGAGCAAAGUGAAGAAGACGAUUCUACUCCUGUGGAGAUCCUGCUUGUAAACAUUGAAUCUGUAGUGGAUCACACUCUUUUGAAAGCUGCUAAAGAACCAUCUGAAGAUGUGGUUGAAGCCCUUGAAGAAGAUUCGCCUGUCGUAAUAGAGAAAAGACCUGCAUCAGUCUGCAUUGAGCAUCCACUUGACGAAAAUCACGAGAAGAAAGAUGAAGAUGAACGAGAACCUGUCUCUGAAAUUGAAGUUGUCGUCGUUGAGAAAACACCAGUGGCACUUGAGUCAGAUAUGUUGGUCGACAAUGAGGAAAGUAAGGAAGAAGAUUCUACUCCUGUGGAGACCCUGCUAGUCAAUAUUGAAUCUGUAGUGGAUCACACUCUUUUGAAAGAUGCUAAAGAACCAUCUGAAGAUGUGGUUGAAGCCCUUGAAGAAGAUUCGCCUGUCGUAAUAGAGAAGAGACCUGCAUCAUUCUACAUUGAGCAUCCGCUUGACGAAAAUCACGAGAAGAAAGAUGAAGAUGAACGAGAACCUGUCCCUGAAAUUGAGGUUGUCGUCGUUGAGAAACCACCAGUGGCACUUGAGUCAGAGGUGUUGGUCGAAAAUGAAGAAACCAAAGAAGACUAUUCCACCCCUGUAGAGACCUUACUUGUAAACAUUGAAUCUGUUGUAGAUCACACUCUUUUGGAAGCUGUUAAAAUACCAUCUGAAGUUUUUGUUGAGGCCAUUGAAGAAGAUUCGCCUGUGGUAAUAGAGAAAAGACCUGCAUCAUUGCACAUUGAGCAUCCGCUUGACGAAGAUCUCGAGAAGAAAGAUGUAGAUGAAAGAGAACCUGUCUCUGAAGCUGAGUUUGUCGUUGUUGAAAAAACACCAGUUGCUCUCGAGUCAGAUAUGUUGGUCGAAAAUGAAGAAACCAAAGAAGACGAUUCCACCCCUGUAGAGACCUUACUUGUAAACAUUGAAUCUGUUGUAGAUCACACUCUUUUGGAAGCUGUUGAAAUACCAUCUGAAGAUGUUGCUGAGGCCAUUGAAGAAGAUUCGCCUGUGGUAAUAGAGAAAAGACCUGCAUCAUUCUGCAUUGAGCAUCCGCUUGACGAAGAUCUCGAGAAGAAAGAUGUAGAUGAAAGAGAACCUGUCUCUGAAACUGAGCUUGUCGUUGUUGAAAAAACACCAGUUGCACUCGAGUCAGAUAUAUUGGUCGACAGUGAAGAAACCAAAGAAAAAGAUUCUGCCUCGGUUGAAACUUUGCUUGAGAACAUUAAAUCUGUAAUAGAUAAUACAACUCCAGAUCAAACUGAGGAACCUGCAAGUGCCAUCAAACCCGAUGUUCUUGAAGAGGAUGCACCCAUAGUGAUAGAGAAAAGGCCUAUUUUACUUCACAUGGAAGAGAUGCCUGACGAAAUGAAUGGUGAAGGUGACCCGGAGGCUCCAGUCACAGAAAGUGAGCUUGUUGUGGUGAAAAAGACGCCAGUGAUAGUGGAGUCAGGAAUUUUAGUUGAAAAGGAAGGCACCGAAGGAGUGGAAGAUGAUAACGCUACUGUUGAAUCAUUACUUGUAAAUGUUGAGUCCGUAAUCGAUCACCAGUUACCAAAAGAAGGCCGUGAACGUGCAGAUGAGAUGAAAACCAGGGCGCUACAAGGAGAUGAACCAGUUGUGAUCGAAAGAAGUCCCGUUUCACUUCACGUAAAUCAACUUCUUGAUGAAGAGGACAACCAAAAAGAACACGAUAACAGCGAGACUGUAGAAGGUGAACACGAACUUCCCAAAUCGAGGGAACUGGUCUCGGAAGCUAAAUUGGUGGUAAUAAAUAAAACACCAGCAUCGCUUGAAAGUGAGAUAUUAAUUGAAGUGGAAAGUCCGGAAAAUGACCACGCUACAGUGGAGUCCCUACUCGUGAACAUUGAAUCUGUAAUCGACGACACAUCCCCAGAACAACCAAAAGUAGAAGAUGAUACGCAGCCAUCAGAGUCAAAAGAGCCAAUUGAGGAAACUGUACCUCGUGCAGUCGAAAAAAGAAAGAGGGAUUCGUCUGAAAUGGAGGAGCUGUUUGUUGCGCAAAAUCCAGAGGAGUCUACAGAGAAAGAAGGUCGCUCACAAGAUGAAUCUUCAAAUCUUGUAGAUGAAGUUGUCAUAAAUGUUGUUGAAAAGAAACGCGUUUGUCACGAGCAGCCCAGCGAGACCCUAGAAAAUCAAUCUUCUGUUUCAGCGGAGUCAACGUCUGUUAUAGUUUUAGACAUCCCUCUUGUAGAGAAAACGGAGGUUGUUAAGGACAGUGUUCAAGAGACUGUUCCUCCCGCCAUGGAGAGAAAGGCCGCUGAGUCCGAAGAGGAACUACUUCAGAGAACUGACGAAGACGAGCCAACAGAGCCGGAAUGCCGUGAAACGGCAAUUUUAGACGACCUUGAAGGAGAAACGUUGAAGUCAACUUCGUACACAAAACUUUUCGAUAAAGACGAAGGCAGCGACGACGAGUUUUUACGUCAAGUUCUCAGCAGGAAGAGACUGUCGGCACCGGAAAUACUUCCCGAGAAAGAGAAGGAUGGUUCCGCGCCCUUGGCACCAUCAGAGAGUGGAAUACUUGACUCUAAGGAACAUGUUCCCACUGCUCAUCUAUCCCAUACAAGAGAGGCGAUACCCAUGAGCACACUAGCAAAGGCAGAUAACUCUUCCUCAAAUGUGGGAGGCGCCCACGAUGAAGAGAAACUUAUUCCAGGCGUUCCGCGAGAGGCUGAAAAAGUUAAGGAUGCUGAAGGGCAGGCAGCUAAGGGAUUGUUAGAGGCUGACGAUGAAGAUCAAAUUGAUGGAAAGAGAAAUAGAUUAGGAAAGAAAGGUCUUGCUUCUCCUCAGUGUAAGUGCUGUUCACUGAUGUAGUGCACUCAUAAAAUAGGCUGCUGCGGAGGCAUGUUACAGCUGUUCAUGGGAGAUGGUAGCAUUGUAGUUUGGAAGAAAACUGCAGACAUUGCGAGGGGACUCAUUAGAAAUGGACAGAAAAUGUAAGUUGUGACUAUUUCAAUAAUGAUGAACGUGAACCCGGGUACGCUGACAAUCUAUUUUGAUGAACAAAUCAUUGAACCAUGCUAGAAAUGGAAAUUAUACAUAUUUUUGCUGUUGUUUAAAAUAAUUACUAUAGCCCAUAAAAGGUCAAACUGACUUUCAUGAAGAAUUACGUUAAACGCUGGUCUUAGUAUUUCGUUGUAUCAAAAUUGGUAAACGAAAGUGAGAACUGUUUUUUGGGACAUUUGGGGUCUUCGAUGGCCUCAGACUUCCUAUGUUUCAGCCACUGUUUUCUCGCACAUGGUGUACAUCACCGAUAAAACGGAAGAGCGAUGGCUUCAGACAAAUGCCGUUAAGAUCGUUCCUGUGUAACGAACUGUAGAUACUGCUUGUAGAUAGAGGAAGGGGUGUUGUUUUUUUCAUGGAAAAUGUAUCGUUUUAAAUUGAGUUAUUAUCAAAGGAGGUGGUGAAAUUAAAUUAAAGGAGUUGUCAGCAUCGCAUAAAGAAGUAACAAAAACGAUUACAAAAUUAGGUCAGGCCGCCAUCAACUGAAAAUGAGUACUACCUCCAAUUCAGUCGUCGAGUGCUUUUUCUGUCACGUUAGGGGUAAUCCGGGAGCCUGGUCACUGUAUUUUUUAACUAUUUUCAUCAAUAACGACAUACGACCUUGAAGAAAAAGUUUAUUUCUUACUGUGUCACGGCAAUGUCACAAGUAAAAGAUUGAACGCUGGAAAUCACUUUUGGUGCCGACCUGACGAAAUAUUUUUAAACGUUUAGCUUUGCUGAAUUUCAUGUAUUUUGUACAGUGUUAGUUGCUUAUUUUUACAUUUCAGUACUUGCUGAUGAGUGCAACCGGUAACAAAAUAUGUUUUUGUUUAU